AUGGUUUGUGGUGGUUUAAGGCUGGAAACCUCUGAAAUCUCAUGUCUCAUCAGAGUGAUAACCGGUGCUGGUUUGGAAACUAUGAAGCUUGGAGUUCAUUGUGUUGUGAUUAAAUCUGGUUUUGAAUCUGAAACUUGUGUGGCAACUGCGUUUAUUGGGUUUUAUUCAGCUUUGAAUGAUUUGAGGAGUGCUAAACACUUGUUUUGUCAGGUGCAUGUGAAAGAUUUGAUCUUGUGGAGUGCUAUGGUUUCAGCUUACUGUAAAAAUGGGCUGUUCUUUGAUGCCAUUCAUAUGUUUGCCGAGAUGCAAGACUUCGGUGUUUGUCCGAAUAGUGUUACUUUGUUGAGUGUUUUGCUUGCUUGUGCUAACACAGCUUCUCUUUAUUGUGGCAAGCAAGUGCAUUGCUUUAGCAUUCGAAGAGGUUUUGAUUCAGAAACAAGCCUUCAAAAUGCUCUUGUAGAUAUGUAUGUGAAAUGCAGUAGGCUGGAAACAUCGAUGAUUGUUUUCGAUUUCAUUAAACAAAAGGAUAUCAUCUCAUGGAAGAGCAUUAUCAUCGGUUGCAUAGAACUUGAUAAGGUUAGAAAGGCAGUAGCAUUGUUCUCUAAAAUGAGAGCUUCUCAAACUGAACCUGAUGAGAUUAUUGUUCGGAACAUUAUAAGUGUGUGUGCAUGCUCUCAAACAAAUGAUUUCAUCAUGUUUGGUUUUGGGAUGCAUGGUCUUGUUAUAAAGAAUGGCCUUUCAACUUCUACUUCUGUCGGUACUGCACUUCUCAGAAUGUAUGCAGAAUUUAAAGAGGAAGAAGAGACCGUGGAGACGCUGUUUGAGCAGCUCGAACAAAAAGACAUUAUCGCUUGGAGUGCAAUGAUCUCAGUGUAUGCUCAUUCUGAAAAUCCAGUUCUCGCAUUAGAGAUGUUCAACCGAAUGAAGUUAUCUAACAUAGAAGCUAAUGAAAUCACAUUGGUUAGUUUACUACACGCCUGCUCUUCACUGGAAGCUUUCAAUAUCGGGAGAAGCAUACACGCUCGACUAACAAGAACAGUAUACUCAUCAAACUUAUACACAGCAUCAGCUUUGAUUGAUUUUUACUGCAAGAUUGGCAAACUUUCUGAGGGAAAGGCCUUGUUCAAUAGACUCAAAAACAAAGAUCUUGUAUCUUGGAGUUCAAUGAUAAAAGGAUACGGAAUCAAUGGCCGUGGAGAAGAAGCAAUCGGAGUUUUCCUAGACAUGUUAGAGCAUGGAAUUAAACCAAAUGAGGUAGUGUUUAUCUCACUGUUAUCUGCAUGCAGUCAUUGUGGUAUGGUUGAUCAAGGAUUGAACUUGUUCAAUGCCAUGGAACAUGAUUACAGUAUCAAGCCUACUCAGGCACACUAUGCUUGUAUUGUCGAUAUGUUCGGCCGGCAAGGGGAUGUGGCCGGAGGUCUUGAAUUCAUAACAAGUAGAAUGCGAAUUAAACCAGAUGUGAAUGUAUGGGGCACUCUUCUUAGCUGGUGUAGAGUUACUGCAAAGGGUGAUACUGAUACUAAAGUUGCAGAAAUUGCUGCAGAGCAGCUUAUGAAAUUGGAUCCUGAUAACCCAAGUUAUUAUGUGCUGCUUUCUAACAUGUACUCAGAGAUUGGAAAAUGGGAAGAUGCGGAAAGGAUUAGACUGUUAAUUGACGAGAAAUGGUUGAGAAAAUCAGCAGGAAUUAGUAUGGUUUGA